AUGUCGCUGCUCAUCGCUUCCUCGCUUCUUGCCUUUGCCACUGCACAAUACGCGCCUAUUGCGCCAGUACCUGGAAUGUGCAGUCCAAGCUGUAUAGGAGGAGCAGCAUGCGUUGCCGGUGCUUGUCAAUGCACCACCCCAGCCGCCGUCUAUAGUCCCGUUGUCGGAUGUGCACCAAUGCCUGUGGCGCCAAUUCCCGUCGCACCAGGACCAGUUGUCGCCGGUCGACUUAUUCCACAAGCUCUCCCUGGAUCACCAUGUGAGCCGGGUGUCGAAUGCACCGGUGGUUCCGUAUGUUCCCUUGGAAUUUGCGUCUGUCCACCAGAACUCGUCCAGGAAGGUACCGUAUGUAUCAGUCGUACCAUAUACAGUGUCAUACCACCACCACCACCGGCCGUUAUUGUCCCAGCCAUCCCAGCUGUCCCAGUUGCAGCACCGCUCGCCCUUGGUGCACCAUGUUAUGCCGCUCCGACACCAUGUGUAUCUGGUGCUGUGUGCUCAGCAGGAGUAUGUCAGUGUUCACCAGCUUAUACACCUGUAGCCGGAGGAUGUCUGCCAAAGUUUUACCUCAUACUCUUCAAGGUGAUGCCAUCAUUGAACUGUUUCCCGCCAUUACUAGUAAUACUGGUAUCCAUUGCAAUCUCAGUGAAUGCUCAAGGAAAUUGUAAUAGCGCUCCCACGGAAGCACUUCGGAUAAUUUGUGGUCAAAUCGCUGCCUGGGAUGCUAACGCUAAGACUGUUGCUACCCCCUCUAAUCAGAGAACACUUGUGCAGUCACCGGGAGGAGCCGGUGCUGGCUUAAGUGGUGGAUCAGCGCUUAGUGCUUCGGCCGCUCCUACAAAUGCUUACGAAUGCAUGGAUAUCGCAUGCCUUUGCGGAUUCUUCGGAGGUAGUGGCGGAUCGAACUGUGUACUGAGAAAUGGACAACGACUUGGUAAAGCGCUUCGGAAAGAGUAUCGUGUGAUGACGGAUGUAGAAAGGAACAGGUACCAUACUGCUAUGUGGACAAUUAAAGGAAAUGGCGACUACGAUCAGCUUUCGAGGAUUCACUCAUCGUUCACCACCUCGCCCGGAGCUCAUUCCGGACCAGCAUUUUUGCCAUGGCAUCGAGAGUUCAUCAAAAGGAGAUCAGCAGAUCUCCUGUUUAACGAAUUCUGGGGAGUUUGUCGAGUUCGAGCUGGAAGAAUCGAGCUGGUCGAAAACGGAAGUUUUGGACUGAGUUUCGCAGAAUAUGGAAUAGCGACAAAUGGAUUGAUUCUGUGCAAACUCUCGCAGGAGAUCGAGAAGGUUGGGCAGAGCUAUGUUCAAAGACGGCACACCUCGGCGAAGAUGCGGAUAAUCGCGUCAGGCGAUGACAUCAGCCCGCCAAUUAAGCUAGAAAUUGCACUUCGUCGUGUUGAUCCUACUGUAGCGCUACCGUACUGGGAUUCAACACUUGACAGCACAUUGCCAAAUCCUCGAGAUUCGUCAAUGUUUACAAAUGAACUCAUGGGUCGACAAGGACCGGACGGCUCCAUACAAACAGGUGCAUUCAGAGGAUGGCGCACAGUAGACGGUUCACGAGUUUUUCGUAGGAAUCUCGGCGCAACUGGCACUCUGUUUCAACAAUCUGAUAUCAAUGCUGUAAUGGCGGCUACCGAUUUCAGACAAGUUCUCGCUUAUACCGCUCCUAGUCCGAGCUGCCCUAAUCCUGCCGCAUGGACCGCAUUCGAAUAUUCACAUGGAAAUCCUCAUAUUUACGUAGGAGGUGACAUGUUCCAACCAAUCACAUCUACAAAUGAUCCGAUUUUCUGGAAUCAUCACUCGUUUGUCGACUUGGUCUGGGAAAAUUGGAGGGUCAUUCGCCAGUCUCGAGCAGCACGCGAAACUCAAUAUCCACCAAAUAAUCCGUCGUGCAGCAGUGCCGCACAUUACGGUGAUAACACAAUGCAACCGUUCUUCCCAAUGGUUAACAAAGAUGGAUUGUCAAAUGCAUAUACUGACAACCUCUACAGUUACGCUCCACGACCAACCUGCUCAGCAGCGAAUCCAUCAGGUUGCGGUUCAAGAUUCCUCUUCUGCGACUUAUCUCACGGUGCACCGCGAUGUGCAGCAAAAAUCGCGGUGAAUGGAAAUUGUGGAGGAUAUACUAGAAAUGAAGACAGAUGCUACCUUAGCGUUUGUCAAAGUAAUAGAUGCUUACAAGUUCAGACACCAAUGCCAACCACCCAACCACCAAUCGUCACUACCACACCAGCUGGUCCAGCUCAAGAGACGUGCUUCAACGAGCAACAGUGUUGUGCUCCAUGGGCCAACCGAGGACAAUGCCGUUUGAAUCCAGCAUACAUGAAUGCAUGGUGUAAGGCCAGUUGUGGUAUUUGUCGUCCAACCACAUACAAUCUCAACGUUGAGUGCUCGAAUCGUCACACGAUGUGCGGUACUUGGGCGUCUCGAGGAGAAUGCACCAGGAAUCCAUCCUGGAUGGUGGAAAAUUGUCGUCAAGCUUGUGGAAGAUGUGGAAUUACAAGGGCACAAGCUUGUAAUUCACAAUCAGAUACACCAGCAACAAGUCCACCAUCAGUAACACCGCCGCCAUCAAGCGGAGGGACCUGCUUCAAUCAGCAUUACUGUUGUAUCGCUUGGGCAAGCCGUGGGUACUGUUCUUCGAGAUACGAUUACAUGAAUCAGUAUUGCAAGCCUUCCUGUAACCUCUGCAGAGGAUCCACACCGAAUUCAUUGUGGAAUUCGCUAACAUGUGCUGACUUUAGUUCACAGUGUACGGCAUGGGCUAGGCAGGGCCAAUGCAAUUCCAAUCCAACCUUUAUGUGGGAGAAUUGCAAGCGCUCGUGUGGACGCUGCUCACUUUUAAAUCUAGUCAGUCGACUGGUCACCUGCGGAUUCUCACGUCGUAUGUCCCGGAACAGACGCCCUGUAUCGGAAUUCAGUGUCAGUCCGCUUAGUCUUCCACUACGGAGACAAUCGUCACCGGUUUCAUUGGCGCCAGGAUCUUUGACGCAGAUCUCGUUGGCUCCAGCACCUGCAACGAGUCGAUCCCUAGUGCUAAGGACAAAGGACAACUUCACUGAACGGCACCGUCAUCAACGGAGAGGACCACAAAGACCAUCUGGCAUUGCUGUGUUCGCCAACUGA